UUCUGGGUGGAGAGAUUUUUCUCUAAUUAAGCUGUUUAUCUUCUUAUGGUUUAAAGGUGGUGCUUUAAAUGAUGAAAUUAGCCCUUGUCAUAUGGAAUGCUUAGUGGUAUUGGAUUUCCUCUGUAAGAUUGCACUUUAUACUAUGAUACAGCCAGGCAGUCAAAUAUAAAUGCCCCUGCUUUGCAGGGACUGGCUGAAUAUCAAUGAAAAGACAAACAGUCCAAGAGUGAUCACGUGAAUGUGAUGUUUGGCAGACUAACAAGAUUGAGAUCAUAACUCCCUUUGGGAAGCAGUCAUCACGGGACCUGUUCACAGAAAUCAAACAAUUAAGGCAAAUUUGGGAGAUGUGGUAGAAAAACUGUGAAUCGUUUUCUUCUAAACACGGAGAGCAGUGGACAAACUGUUUUUAAAUUCCUUGCUCCAAAUUUCUUCAAAGGCAACAUGAGUAAGAAAGAAGUAAGUGUGUAUCAACAAACUCGGGCUUUACUACACAAGAACCUUCUUAAGAAAUGGAGAAUGAAAAGAGAGACCUUAAUGGAAUGGAUGAACUCAUUGUUCCUUCUGCUUUUAUUAUACCUGUAUCCUAAUGGUCACCAAGUUAAUGAUUUUUCUUCACUGCAUAACAUGGAUCUGGGAAGAGUAGAUUCAUUUAAUGGAUCUAAAUUUACAAUUGCAUAUGCUCCUGUCACCAAUGUAACCCACAAGAUAAUGAAUAAAGUAGCCAAUACCUCCUUCAUGACAGGUAAAAAAGUUUUGGGACUGCCAGAUGAAGAAAGUAUUAAAGAAUUAACAGCACAUUAUCCUGAUGAAAUAGUAAGGGUCAUUUUUACAGGCACAUAUUCCUAUCACCUGAAAUUCUUGUUGGGACAAAAGAUUCCAAUGAAGAAGGAACACAAGGAUCAUACAGCUCCAACUGUUUUGGAAACAAAUGAAGAUCUUGAAUGCGACAUUUCAAUAUUCUGGAAGGAAGGUUCUUGGUGCUCUCCAAAUGCCAUUACUGCUAUCAUAGAAACCACAACAAAUAACACAGUGAUGGAAGAACUAAUGUCAGUUACUGGGAGACACAUGAAGACAUAUCCCUUCAUUAGUCAAGGAGGAAUUAUAACCGAUUUCUUCAUUUUCUUCUGCAUUAUUUCCUUUUCCCCAUUCACUUACUAUGCGUCUAUCAACGUAACAAGAGAGAGGAAAAAGAUGAAGGGUUUGAUGACAAUGAUGGGUCUACAAGAUUCAGCAUUCUGGCUCUCCUGGGGGAUUCUCUAUGCUGGUUUCAUCUUCAUCAUGGCCCUUUUCUUGGCACUUGUUGUAGAAUCUGUCAAGUUUUUCGUUCUGACCAACUUCAUGGUGGUCUUCAUCCUCUUUCUCCUUUAUGGAUUGUCCUUGAUUGCUUUGGUUUUCUUAAUGAGUGUUUUGGUAAAGAAGUCUUUCCUCACUGGUCUGCUGGUGUUUCUUCUCACUGUCUUCUGGGGGAGUCUGGGGUUCAUGGCAUUGUACAGAUACCUACCUGUGUCCUUGGAGUGGAUUCUAAGUUUUCUUAGCCCCUUCGCCUUCAUGCUUGGAAUGGCCCAGCUUUUACACUUGGAUUAUGAUAUAAAUUCUAAUGCACUUCUUGAACCAUCAGACGGCUCAAAUCUAAUUAUAGCAACAAAUUUCAUGUUGGCAUUUGAUACUUUCCUCUAUCUGGCUUUGAUGAUGUACCUUUUAAAGAUUUUGCCAAAUGAUCAUGGACGUCGGUAUUCACCUUUGUUUUUCCUCAAGUCCUCAUUUUGGUCACGAGAACAAAAACCUGAUCAUGAGGCAUUUGAAGAUGAGGUAGAUUCCAGUCCUUCACAGAGUGAUUCUUUUGAACCAAUGUCUCCAGAAUUCCAUGGGAAAGAAGCCAUAAGAAUCAGAAAUGUUACCAAAGAAUAUAAAGGAAAGCCUGAUAAAAUAGAAGCUUUGAAAGAUCUAACAUUGGACAUAUAUGAAGGCCAGAUCACUGCCAUACUUGGUCACAGUGGAGCUGGAAAGUCAACACUGUUAAAUAUUCUUAGUGGGCUAUCUGUUCCCACCCAAGGUUCUGUCUCCAUCUACAAUAACAAACUUUCAGAAAGAGCUGACCUAGAAAAUCUCAUCAAGAUCACUGGAGUGUGUCCACAGUCUAAUCUGCAAUUUGACUUCCUUACUGUGAGAGAAAACCUCAGGCUGUUUGCUAAAAUAAGAGGGAUUCCACCACAAGAAGUGGAUAAAGAGGUACAAAGAAUUUUGCUGGAAUUGGAAAUGAAAAACAUUCAGGAUGUCCUUGCUCAAAACUUAAGUGGUGGACAGAAAAGAAAACUAACCUUUGGGAUUGCCAUUUUAGGAGACCCUCAGAUUUUCCUAUUGGAUGAGCCAACUGCGGGGCUGGAUCCCUUUUCCAGACACCGAGUAUGGAACCUCCUGAAGGAGCAUAAGGCAGAUCACGUGAUCCUCUUCAGUACCCAGUUCAUGGAUGAGGCUGACAUCCUGGCUGAUAGGAAAGUGUUUCUCUCCAAAGGGAAGCUGAAGUGUGCAGGCUCUUCUUUGUUUCUGAAGAAGAAAUGGGGGAUUGGAUAUCACUUAAGUUUGCAGAUAAAUGAAAUGUGUGUUCGGGAAAACAUAACAUCAUUCAUUAAACAGCACAUCCCUGAUGCCAAGUUAUCAGCAGAAAGUGAAGGAAAACUUGUCUAUACAUUACCCUUAGAAACAACCUAUAGAUUUCCAGAUCUUUACAAGGAUCUUGACAACUGUUCAAGUCUGGGAAUUGACACCUAUGGUGUUUCCAUGACAACUCUGAAUGAAGUGUUCCUGAAACUAGAAGGAAAAUCAGCAGUUGAUGAGUCAGUGCAAUCUGAAAGAGCUGGGGACACAGAAAGGCUUGUUGAGAUGGAACAAAUUCUCUCUUCACUUACGGACAUGAGAAAGACGAUAGGUGGACUGGCUCUCUGGGGACAGCAAAUCUGUGCAAUUGCAAGGGUUCGCUUGCUAAAGUUAAAGCAUGAAAGAAAAGCUCUUUUAUCGUUGCUAUUGAUUCUAGCAGUUGGAUUUUCCCCUCUUCUUGUGGAGUAUAUCUUGGUGAAAAUAUAUCAAGAGAGUUAUGCUUGGGAACUUUCCCCUCAUUUGUACUUCCUUGCUCCUGGACAACAACCACAUGACCCUCUCAGUCAACUACUAAUCAUCAAUAAAACAGGGGGCAGCAUUGACGACUUUAUCCGUUCUGUGGGGCACCAGAACAUAGCUGUGGAAGUAGAUGCAUCUGGAGCUGGAAAUGGUGUAGAUGACCCAUCUUACAACGGAGCCAUCAUAGUGUCUGCCAAUGAGAAGAAUUAUAAUUUUACGUUGGCAUGCAAUACCAAGAGACUGAAUUGCUUCCCGGUUCUUAUGGACAUUGUCAGUAAUGGGUUACUUGGAAUGUUUACGCAGUCAGCACGUAUUCAGACGGACAGGAGCACGUUUCUGGGGAACAUGCACGAUAAUCUAUUUGAAAACCUGGAACAAUCCAUAUUCUGGUUGAUUUUAUUAUCUAGUUGUCCUCCUUGUAUUGCCAUGAGCAGCAUUGAUGACUAUAAGAGCAAAACUUGGUCACAGCUGCGGAUCUCAGGCCUCUUCCCUUCUGCUUACUGGUUCGGGCAGGCGCUGGUGGAUAUCCCCCUCUACUGUUUGGUCUUCAUUUUUAUGUACUUACUGGACUACAUCUUAAGUUUUCAACAGACUCUAUUUACAAUCAUAAGUCAUUCGAUUCAAAUCCCAUGUGCUAUUGGUUAUGCCAUGUCUCUUAUCUUCUUAACAUACGUGAUUUCAUUCAUUUUUCGCAAGAGGAGAAAAAAUAGUGGCAUUUGUUCAUUUUGCUUCUUUGUUAUCACCAUGUUCUCUGUGGCUGGAAUUGUGUUGUAUACCUAUGAAAAUGCUGCACUAUACUGCAUGAUCUUUUUAAUACCACAAGCCACAUUGAUUGGUUGUUUGUUCUUAUCUCUUCGUUUUUUCAUGCUUUCUGCUUUUAAUGGCGAGUCAACAAGUACAGACCCAUUUUUGGUAUUGCUGAUUCCUGUCCUCCAUUUUUUCAUUUUUCUUUUUAUUCUUCGAUGUCUGGAAUGGAAGUGUGGAAAGAAACCAAUGAGAAAGGAUCCCUUUUUCAGAAUUUCUCCAAGAAGCAGUGAUGUAUGUCAAAAUCCAGAAGAGCCAGAAGGGGAAGAUGAAGAUGUUCAGAUGGAAAGAAACAGAACGUCAGAUGCCUUGAAUUCCACAAAUUUUGAUGAGAAGCCAGUCAUUGUUGCCAGCUGUCUACGCAAGGAGUAUGCAGGGAAGAAGAAGCAUUGUUUCUCCAAGAGAAAGAAUAAGAUAGCCACCAGAAACGUCUCAUUCUGUGUUAGGAAAGGUGAGAUUUUAGGGUUAUUAGGACACAAUGGAGCUGGUAAAAGUACAUCCAUUAAGGUGAUAACUGGAGAUGUGAAAUCAACUGCUGGCCAGGUGCUACUGAAAGGAAGCAGUGAAGGGGAUACCCUGGGGUUCCUGGGCUACUGUCCUCAGGAGAAUGUGCUGUGGCCCAACCUGACAGUGAGGGAACACCUGGAAGUGUUUGCCGCGGUGAAGGGGCUGAGAAAAGGCGAUGCCAAAGUCACCAUUGCAAGGCUGGUGGACGUGUUCAAGCUGCAGGACCAGCUGAAGGCCCCCGUGAAGACCCUGUCUGAGGGAGUAAAGAGAAAGCUGUGCUUCAUGCUGAGCAUCCUGGGGAACCCGUCAGUGGUGCUUCUGGAUGAGCCUUCCACUGGGAUGGACCCUGAGGGACAGCAGCAAACGUGGCAGGCAAUCCGGGCCAUCAUCAGAAACACUGAACGGGGUGCCCUCCUGACCACCCAUUACAUGGCAGAGGCUGAGGCCGUGUGUGACCGGGUAGCCAUCAUGGUAUCUGGAAAGCUAAGGUGUAUUGGCUCCAUCCAACACCUGAAAAGCAAAUUUGGCAAAGACUACUUGCUGGAGAUGAAAAUGAAGACCCCUGCACAUCUGGGGCCCCUCCACACAGAGAUCUUGAGGCUUUUCCCCCAGGCUGCUAGGCAGGAAAGGUACUCUUCUCUGAUGGUUUAUAAGUUACCCAUGGAAGAUGUGCACCCUCUAGCUCAAGCUUUCUUCAAACUAGAGAAGGUUAAACAGAGCUUUGACCUGGAGGAGUACAGCCUCUCUCAGUCCACCCUGGAGCAGGUCUUCCUGGAGCUCUCCAAGGAUCAAGAGCUGGAUGGUUUUGAUGAGGAACUUGAUCCUUCCGUGAAGUGGAAGCUCCUGCCUCAGGAAGAGCCUUAAACCAUAAAUACCCUGUGCUCCUGUACAAGCCUGUGGUCGUCAUUUUUCUUUUUAAAGACAUUUAUUUUUAUAGCAUCCACGUCAUAUUUUUAGAAACUAUUUUAUAAACAUCGAGACAGUUCUUCACAUGAUAGAGGAGUGACAGUGUAGGCAAAGGCACAUGAUUGAAUUGCAUCCCGUCCCAGUCUCUGCAUCUCUGCAGGCCGCUCUGGCCCCUCUUUUCUGUUAUACUGCUGAAUAAAUACAUUUACUUUUAUACAAUUGCUUAAGUUCCUGAGUACGAUAAACAAAUUUUGUUAAAAAUAAUUUAAUGAGAAGUACUUACAUUUACUCUAAAAAAUUGAUAAUCUUAGCAGUUUACUUUUUGAAAUAGAUUUUGUUGAUCUACUUAUAGCAAAAAAUACUAAAACAUCAGCCACUAUAAUGUCCAGUAUCAAUAUUUAACAUAUCCAUGGGCAACACUAUGAUAGAGACACACCUGAAAAACCAAAAAUUUGCCAUUAGGAAUUGAUUGUGAUUUCUGCAAACCUACUUUCAUUGUAUUUUUAAAUCUAGGCUUUAAAGAUGCUUGGAUUAUAACUGAUCUUCUAUGUCUGUCACUUGGUUUCAGAAAGCUCAUAAAUGUACCAAGUCAAAUGACCAAAUAUG